AUGCUGACCGAGCGCAACAGCAAUGGCAACAUGACCUCGGCGCCCGUGUCCAAGCGCAGGGUGGCCUACUUCCAUGACGGUCAGUCGCCCGCGCUCGGCUGAUUCCUCGAGCUCAUGCGCUCGAGCUGACCCAGUGGAUUGACAUGUCACUGCAGAGGACGUGGGAGCAUACGCCUAUAGUAUGGGUCAGUCCAUGUCCUGUGAGGGUCCGUCCAUUGCUAGCGCUGACUGACUUUAAGAUCCAAUGCUCCCCUCGUUUCGACUCGUACCGUCACCGCACAACAGUGCACCCGAUGAAACCGCACCGAGUAACGAUGGCCCACAACCUCGUCGUCAACUAUGGACUCGACAAGCACAUGGACAUGAUCGUAAGUAAGCCGCAGUCCUCGCCGGUGCCAGUCGCUGACCUCACAGUACGGUCGGUCACAGCGACCUACCCGCGCAACGGCACACGAGAUGACACGAUUCCACACCGACGAGUUCAUCGAUAUGCUCUCCAGGGUCACUCCCGACCUCGCUGAAGAGAUGACGUGCAGGGGAACCCGCUGUGAGGCAACUAGUCUACCCCAGACGGGCUCUUUCGCUCCUCCGCUCUUCGCAAGCCAUGCUGAUCCAACACUUGUCCAUCUCUUCCAGUCCUGAUCGGAGAAGACUGCCCCGCAUUCGAAGGCCUGUUCGAGUUUUGUUCCAUAUCAGCUGGAGGAUCUCUAAGUACGGCGCACUGCGUUAACUUUGCUCGCGGCGCGCCAGCGAACUCGGCUGACGCGCUGCUUCUCUGGGUCCACCCCACAGGCGCGGCCCGACGCCUGACCGACGCCAAAGCCGAUAUUGCUCUCAAUUGGGCCGGAGGGUUGCACCACGCGAAGAAGCGCGAAGCAUCAGGGUUCUGCUACAUCAACGACAUCGUCCUGGCUAUCCUCGAACUGCUGAGGUACGACGGCCACGAUCUAGCCUUUCCUUGCCUGUGCAAAAGGCUGACGUGCCCUCCCCGGGUAGAUACCAUGCUCGAGUACUUUACAUUGACAUCGAUGUACACCACGGCGACGGUGUAGAAGAAGCGUUCUUCACCACCGAUCGGGUCAUGACGGCAUCUUUUCACAAGUUCGGCGACUUCUUUCCCGGUACUGGAGCACUGAAUGAUCGAGGCAAAGGUCCCGGCAAAGGCUAUUCGGUCAACUUCCCGCUCAAAGACGGCAUCGAUGAUCAGAGCUACAAGACUGUAUUCAGACCGGUGUGUUUCAUUUUCCAGCGCGAAUGACUGACAAGCCCCUCCAAAUUAGGCGUGUCGGAGCUUGAGCAAUCACGUCGCACCGUGCAAAGCUGACGAUUUACGUCAUGAUCUAUUGCAUUUCAGGUGAUGCAAGCGAUUAUGGAUUGGUAUCGACCCGGGGCAGUUGUGCUCCAGUGCGGUGCCGACUCCCUGGCCGAAGACAAGCUCGGACCUUUCAAUCUGUCAAUGCAAGGUAUGUGUCGAGCGCGUACAGGCUUAGGUGGGCGAGGCACUCGACCCUCAUGCUGCUCUUCACGUGUACAGGUCAUGCCGACUGCGUCGAAUUCAUGCGCACGUUCAACGUACCCCUCAUGAUCCUCGGUGGAGGAGGGUACACAAUACGCAACGUCGCUCGGACCUGGGCGUACGAAACCGGUGUCGCUUGCGGUCAGGUUCUGAGCGAAAGCUUGCCCUACAAUGACUACUUCGAAUACUUUGGGCCCGAGUUCAAGAUGAAUGUACCGGCAAGCAAUAUGGAGAAUUCGAACACAGCCGAGUACCUCGAAACCACCAAGUGAGCCAGCCCGCUUUCCUCGUCGUCUCAGCAAACCACAAACUGAUCCGUUCGUCCCCUGUUGUUCAGAAAUGCGAUCUUGCAGAACUUGCGCAACAUGCCCUUUGCACCCUCGGCUCAGAUGCACGCCGUUCCCUUCGACUUUGACUCGGACCCAGGAGACUCCGACUCGGACCUCGACGUGCGCAUCUCCAACCGCAUCCGAGAGACCCAACGUCAUCAGGACGAAGGCUAUGUCUCGUCGGACGAGGAGGGGGAUAGUUUGCAGGAGAGGUAUCGCAAGUUGUCCAAGAGUUAUAUCACCUCGCUCGGAUCGACGGCACGGGGGGAAGGGCCGGCCAGUCGGAGGAAACGGGCGGCGCACAAAGGAGGGGACGAGGAGAAUGGGAUGCUGGAUGAAGAGACCGACAAUUGCGCGCACGAACCCAGGCGGCCCAAGAGAACCUUCUUUCGAAUGACACCGGGGAAAACUGGGGCGGGGUUGAUGUUGGAUGAACCGAAUCGGUUCUUGCUGGGCUUGGGCACGUUGGGCUCCACGAGUGGGAGCGGGAGCAAGGUCGCGGAGGAGUGGAGGAGAGGCGUGUUGUAA